AUGCUCGCAAUGCAGUUUGUAGGCCUGAUGCUGGGUGCCACCCUGGCCCAUGCCAAGCAGUUCAUGGCACCCAGCGCAGCCUCUGCGCCCAGUCAUGAGGCCUUCACAGCGCUCUUGCGCGUGAAGGGAAAGCCCUUGGAUCCCAUGGUGUCCUCUCUGGCCGCCAUGGCUGAAUCGAUCUCCAAGCAGGAGCCAUCUGCGAGAGAGCAGUCAGUGAACUCCAUCAAGACUUUGCUCCAGGGACUUCUGGACAGUAUCACUAGUCAGCACACGAUUGCUCAGAAAUCGGUGACCAAUCAGAGCACCUUCGAUAGCUGCAACGCUCAGAAGCUGACGGACUUGACGCAUGCAGAGAACGUCAAGAUUGGAGUCAACUGGACCGAUACCACAGAUGCUUACAACGCGUGCCAGGCUGAGUUCCAGGCGAUGAACAACACCUUCACCAGUUGCUACCAGCAGGAAGAAAUGCUGCGUGUGGCGGCCACGGCACGCUGCGAGUACUUUGCAUCCGUGGAUCGGAGUUCCAAUUUUCAGUCCUGGUUCUGUCAUGAAGAUGACUUUCCAGCGAGCAGCAGCUACGAAGCCUAUCUACAGCGAAACAUUGAGAUGCUGGCAGACUUUAGGAAUCGACGUGCCAACUGCACCAAUGCCACCGCGGCACAAAGUUCCAAGAUGUUGGAAUGCACUGGAUAUCAGCAGCAGGCUUCGGCCAAAGAGGUGAUGUGUGCUCAUUUGACCCCCUAUGCGAACCCGGCGGAUUGCAGCUCCUAUGAAGCCAAGAAGCAGGCCUGUAUCAGCUACAGCCACUGCCGGACACAGGCCCAACACGAAAGUAGUAGUGCGGCAGCCACCGCUGAUCAAUUGGCAGAGAGCCUCAAGGUGCAGUGGGAAGGCCUGAAACGCAUCGAAUGCUUGCUGGAUGUGAUCUCGAAAUCUGGGGAUGCUGCAGCCAUGGAGGCUUGCGUGGCGGCCGGGCACGAUACCUCGCCGCUGAACAUCAUCGUCCCAGCGGUGCCCACAGCGCAGCCCUGUGACGCGGGCCUCGCGCCUGCGGGAUGUGCCUGA